AUGUCGGAGUGUCCGUUGAACCUUUUCGGCACCGCCGGCCCAAUGAGACCAGGACAGUUCUUCGUCGGCGUGGUCGACCGCCAGCCACGCAUUUCGUUCCCGGGAAUCGAGGAUAACGUUGCCUCCGUCGGCGUGGGCUCCGGCUGCAAUGGCUGCGCGCCCAUUCAAAAGGCGGCGCCUCAUGCCUAUGCGACGAGGGUCUGUGGUGUGGGAGUAAGUCACGUCGAUCGAUUCCCCAUCAGUCAUCGUGCUCGCACCCGGGACUAUCUUGCCCAAAGAGAAGCUGAAGACAAUCGCACACGACAGCAAUCAUUUCUUGAUGAGGAGGCAAAACUAGCUUCCAUCGCAGCCACCGCCAUCAAAUCAUUCAACCCGGAGAACAUCCUCAAACCUGAUGGAUCAAAUGUCCAAGAAUGGGCCGAAGCCCUUGGUGUGACUGCCUUUCAGGGGUUCCAAGACAAAUUGUUCUUCACACCUCAAGAUGGUACAAUAGUCAAUCCAUACCACAAGCAAAUUGGCCGAGACAUACGCCACUCAUCUGUCCACAGCUUGCUUGCGUAUGACCUUCUGGACCUGAACUCAUGCGCCGAGGCCUACGAGUUUCUUGUCUUGAAAUUCCGUAUUAUCAACUGCGCCAAGCAGAUUCAGGCUUGGGGAACUCUCAAGAAGAUAAACCUCAGCAAUUUUAACAGUUCAGCUGAGGCUGUUGCAUCCUUCAAUCGUUGCGCAAAGACAUUCGUAGAACAAGGAAUUGCAUUCACCUGGGAUAACGUGAUAAGCUUGAUCAUGCAGUCAAGCCUCCAUGAUCAAUUGAGACCAACUGUUGACCGCAAAAUUGAUCUCUUCAUGGAAACCCAUGAUUUCAAAAUUCCAGCCUCGGGUGAUGUGCUUCGGUUUUGGAAUGCUGCUUGA